AUGUCCAACGGACUCCAUUUGCAGCCUGCAGGACGCUGUAGGUUGGAUGGCGGGUUGGGCCCUGCGACGGGCGUGUCGGUAGACUGCUCUAGGGUUUAUGGACCGGGGGGCGCGCAACCAGACCACCUCCACGUGGUGCGCCCUGGGCUGUCUGCUUCGCGGCAGACAGGCGAAGAGUCUGGUGUCUUUUUGUUAUUUAUUUAUGCACAACUACCCAUCAACACUCUACUGCCCAUUAUGGGUGUCAAAAUGGAAAUAAAAAAAAGAUCUUUCUGGCAUCGUCAUGUUUAUAUGGCAAUGAGCUCCCUUUUGGUAACAACUCAAUCAACUGAUUGUUUUGAUCGAAGUUCCUAUCACCUAGGACCUUUCUAUCAUCUCGAUGAGAGCUUCGAAAUCAGAAACUAUGUCUUGUGGCUCCUAGUCUUGGAAGCACUUUUUAAGCCUUUAUCAAUAUGUCUCAAAAAGAGGGUAUCCAGAGGCUUCAAGAUGAUGCUGCAAGUUCAGUUCUUGACUGCUACUCGUCACCUAUUGAUGCUUAGAAGUGCAUUCCAAGGGCAUGCCCAUUUAUUUAAAAGCUUUUUCCCUUGGCUAUCAGUCACCAAAGCCUUCAUUGACAAGGCCAUGGAUGGUUUCCUCAGGCAGUGA